AUGUCGACUGCUCUUACCUACAAUAAGGAACUAGAACCAUUCCUUACAAUUGUCGAACUACUAUAUAUGACACUAGCAACAACAGGGACAACUACACUGAUAAACUUCGUCACUGAUGUGAAACUCAGUACCACUGUUAGAUUAUCGUUAUGUAACGCCUCCAUAACUGAUUUCAACUCUUUAAAGUCCGAAUUGUUAGGGAAAUAUAAAAAUAACCGAACAAUCCCGCAAAUACAUUCAGUACUAAACAGCACUUACCAAAAUAAAUCAGGUGUCACGGUAUACAAAGACAAAAUUUUGUCUCUAGUUGAUGAGUUGAAUCAACUUCAGAUUCAAGAAUUGGGUAACGAAGCAACUUUGAGCGAAAAAAAGGUCAUCACGCGCAUGAACGAGACAUACGCGUUAACUAUCUUUAAAAAGGGAUUAAAUGACCAGCUCAAAAACACUAUAUUUUCAGCAAGACCCACAACCUCUUCUGAUGCUGUAUCUUUACCGCAAGAAUUGGAGAAUAUAGAGCUACAGGCCACAUCCAACAUCAACAAUAACUACAGCUACAAUAACAAUAACCGCAAUAAUAAUAAUAAUGGGAAUAAUAACCAUAGAAACAGUAACAAUAAUAGAAGCCAUAGGAACAGAAACAACUAUAAUGAUAGACGAAACGUACACAUUACCACGAAUCAGGGAAAAGUAAUAGGUUCCGGAGAGGAUACACAGAACCUCCCGGAAAUAAAUAUUUACGAUGCAAAGAGGCAUCUAUCGUUCUUAAUAGACACAGGUGCAGACGUGUCUAUCUGUAAAAAUAAUGUUAGUAGGAACUUAGAAGAUAGUGAGAAUAGAAUUAAACUCACUGGUAUAACACAAGAAGUCACUACAUCGUUAGGAACUUCUUGUUUAGAUCUAUUAAUUGGGAAUCAACGAAUCAGGGAAUCAUUCCACAUCGUGGACAUAAAACAAAUGUUGCAAAAAGCUAUGAAUAAUUACAAUAAAAGAUUCCAUUCGACUAUCAAGUGUACCCUAUUGGAAGUACAUCAUAAAGUAGAUUUCGAUAAAAUAAGGAAAAACUUGAAGGAAACAAAAGGAAAGUACUUGAAAAAGGUCAACGAAAACCGCGAAAGCUAUGUAGAAACGGUUUAUCAAGAACUACUAGGCAGUUCGACACAAACAUCUCCCAAGAUAUAG